AUUGCAUCCAAUCAGAUGCAUUCCUGGGGGCCACCAAUACGCCGCGGCAGCCCAACGACGGAACCAUCGAACUUCGUUAACAGUUCACGAGGCGGAUCAAGACAUCACGGAUCAGUCACAUGAAGCCAAUGCCGGUUGGAGAAAUGUUUGUUGCAACCAAUUGGUAAUUCCGAAUGGGGAUUAAAUGCGCCACAGAAAAACGGAUGGGACACUCCAUUAGAUGCUAGCUGAAACCGAAGCACGGAAACAUGACCAACCAGACAGCAUGGCUGCCACCAAUCGAAAGCCACCAAAAAAGACUGGAUCCUCUGAGCAUUUGGACUCCCUCCGGAUGAGUACAGUUGUUGUUAUACUGUUCGAUUGCAUUAGACAGAGAGAUACACAUUGGAGAGAUUCGCCACCCAGUCGCUCGUUGAAUAUGGCCUUCAGUCAUCCAGCGUGUCCAGCAUAUCUCUACAGAUCUCCUACUAUAUCAUCAACUUGCAUGGCCUACCCGUGUCAACAACUAUCGCUCAAUGUCGAGCAAGCCCACGAAGUUUCUUUCCUUCCCUUCUCCAGGUUCUCCACUCUCUUCCUCAAUUGGCAUGUCUCAUCAUUUUUAGCAUACUCCGUAGAUUCUUGCCAAUUCCUGUCAAAACACAAACCUUAUAUAUUUGGGACCUGUCUCUCUUUAAAUCAUGAAGUUCUGCCUUCACUGGGCCCUGGGGGAUUCAUCUUCUCUCCCUGAUCCCACACUGCCCCAGACCUUUUCCCGUCCAGAUCGCUCGCUUCUACUUGUCCUACUCCCCCCGUUCAAAUAAAGUAUAACGACAUCUACCAUGACAGACGCUAUGGCUGAACA